GAUAAAAAAUCUAUCUGAACUCAAGGACACGGCGUGGUGUUUACCAGUUAUGAGAAAUAUUGAUGUGGUAAUACUAUAUAAAGGGGGAAAUGUUCAGAAGAGUGAGAAUUGGCUACAAUCUUGCGAGCAAGACUAUUAACCAACAAGCUCUUUGUGGGAAUAAGCAGUGACUGCAAUGCUUAGUCUUGCCUCUUCCAUAUCAUGCUCCCUCUUCAUCCUGCUUACACUGGCCUCCAAUGCUGUUUCCAAAGAUGACCUUGUGGUGAACACCAGCAGUGGCCCUGUCAAGGGCAAAACUCUCACCGUAGGCUCUGGUUCAGUGAGAGCUUAUCUUGGCAUCCCCUAUGCUGAGCCCCCCUUGGGGAAACUGCGAUUCCAGAAGCCUCUUCCACAUCAGCCCUGGAGUCAAACCUUCGAGGCCACCGACUUUGGCAAUGCCUGUCCUCAGUCAGUUCUUUCUCAAACACCUGAGGCCAAAAUGGUGAAUCCCAAUAGGCCUCUGUCAGAAGAUUGUCUCUUUCUCAACAUCUGGGUGCCUCGUCCAAAGCCCUCUGUACCAGUUCCCAUCCUUGUCUGGAUACAUGGAGGGGGCUUUAUUGCAGGUACAAGUUCCCUCGACUUGUACAACGGGUCUUCCUUAGCUGUGACUGAGAAUGUCAUUGUGGCCUCCAUGAAUUACCGCAUUGGGGCUUUGGGUUUCCUUUCUUUGCCACCAGCAGUCCCAGGAAACAUGGGUCUGUGGGACCAACACCUGGCCCUGACCUGGAUCAAGGAGAAUGCAGCUGCCUUUGGUGGAGAUCCAAAGUGGGUGACGAUUUUUGGUGAGAGUGCUGGAGGAGCCUCUGUUGGCUUCCAUCUGCUUUCACCUAAAAGUGAGCCCCUUUUUGCCCAAGCUGUGCUUGAGAGUGGAGCUCCCAAUGCUAUCUGGGCAUGGGCAAGUCCUGAGACCGUCAAGAAUAAAUCCCUUGAGCUUAGCCAGCUGCUGGGAUGUGGAGAAGGCAAUGCAAAUGAAAUUGUGAGCUGUCUUCAGGGAAAAAAUGCAAUGGAAUUUCCUCCAUAUGAAACAUUGUUGGUUCUGAAAAGUAAGUUUCUUAUGAGCCUCCCCUUCGUACCAACAACAGAUGGGGAAUUUCUGACUGAUGAUCCUCAGAGACUUUUAGACUCUCAGCAUGUGCAGAUCAAACCAAUUAUCACUGGUGUCAACUCAGACGAAGCAGCUUCCUUGUUGACUUUAAUUUUUCCUGGAAGCAAUCAUAGCCUAAUCAACCGUGAACAAUUUCUAGAAGUAUUAAGAAGGGCAUUGCAAAAUGCAACUGAAAAAGAAAUUCAGGCUGUGGCCCUGAAAUACAGUGAAGAGAGCCAUGGCCCAGCGAAGUACCGUUCGGCCUUGGUGCAAUCCUUGGGUGAUUAUUUAUUUGUGUGCCCUGCAACUGAAUUUGCUGCCCAGAUCAGAAAAGCUGGGGGUCCUUCGUAUGUUUACUAUUUUACACAUCAUACUUCUGGCACUGUCUGGCCUGAGUGGGCAAAUGCAACCCAUGGAGCUGAAAUCAUUUAUGUGUUUGGAAGUUUUAAGGCAGCUUUGGAGGCCAACAAAACGUACACAGAGGCCGAGGCAGCGCUCAGCCGUAGGAUAAUGCGAUAUUGGGCGGAGUUCGCCAGAACUGGCAAACCCACAGGAUCAGAGAAGCAAGAAGUGGAGUGGCCACUUUAUAAUGCUACGCUGCAGAACUUCUACCAUCUUAGCACUGAGCCAGCCCAGGUUCUACCGGUAUCACCUGCUCGACACUGCAAUCUUUUUAAAAAACACACUUCAAAUCCAAAGAAAUCCCCCAUUUCUUUUGCAGAGAAAUCAGAAGAAGAUGAUGGAGAAGACCACUCUUCACUAGCAGGGACUGUCAUAAAAAGUCAUGAGGAAAACCUGGAUACCUGUGACUCUUCACGUGUUAGGAAUGGUGACAAAGAUCUUUCUAAAUGUCCAACUGACUAAUUUCUCUGAUCAAUAGUCAAUUCUAUAUAAAUAAAAAUGUAAUGUUUGUCCGUGGGAUUAACAUAACUCAAAAACCACUGGGGGAAUUGACACCAAAUUUGGACACAAGACACCUAUCAGGCCAAUGAGUGACCAUCACUCAUAAAACACUGAAAAACACAG